AUGUCACUCAGGUCCAUCAAGAGGAUUCCUCACAAAUCUGCUCCUGACUACCACAACGCUUACUCACCUACAAAAACACUCUUCACGAAGGAUUCCUUACAGAUCUGCUCACUGCGCGGUCAGCGCAUACUCCUAGACAAACAGACCCAUCACUUUCUACUGCUGUCGGCAACACAACGAGUGAUUGAUUUUGCAGAGUAUAAUGUAGAUGGAGGUAAAGAGGAUCUCUUUGAUGUCAAUGAAGCUGCUGGUCUUGAUCUUUUUGAGGGAGAUAUAUUAGUUGAUGAGAAACUGGGGAGAAAUUCAAUAAAUGGGGUUGAAUACAGAUGGCCAAGAGUUAUUCCAUAUUACCUUGAGGAUGAUUUGGAAAUUAAUGCUAAAGCGGUGAUUCUGAAGGCCUUUGAACAGUAUCGGCUGAAAUCGUGCAUUGACUACAAACCAUGGAAUGGAGAAGAAAACUAUAUCUCUGUAUUUAAAGGCAAUGGAUGUUUUUCAUCAGUGGGGAACCAGCGCGUUGGCAAACAGAGGCUGUCCAUUGGCAGUGGAUGUGAUCGCAUCGCAACCAUCGAACAUGAGUUUCUCCAUGCCUUAGGCUUCUGGCAUGAGCAGUCGCGCUCUGACCGUGAUGACUACGUCUCCAUCAUCUGGGAUCACAUUUCUGAAGGCAAAGAGCAUAACUUCAACAAAUACAACGACACCAGAUCCAGUGCUCUGAAUGUACCCUAUGACUACGGUUCCAUGAUGCAUUACAGCAAGAAUGCUUUCAGGAAUGGGACGGAGCCCACCAUAGUCACCAAAAUCCCUGCCUUCAGUGAAGUCAUAGGCCAGCGCAUGGAGUUCAGCGACAGCGACUUGCUCAAGCUAAACAGACUCUACAACUGCACUAGCUCUUCCACCUUCCUGGACUCCUGUGACUUUGAGUCUGAGAAUAUCUGUGGAAUGAUCCAAAGCCAUGGAAAUACUAAUAAAACUAUCUGGCAGCGAGUUUCCAAAGCGACAGAUGGACCAGACACUGACUACACUUACAUGGGACGCUGUGAUGGUAAGGGUUAUUUCAUGCACUUCAGCACAGCAGAUGGGGUGCAGGGGAACAAGGCAUUGAUGGAGAGCAAGCUUCUGUAUCCCAAGCAAGGAUUCCAGUGUCUGCAGUUCUUCUCUUACAACAGCGGUCAUGCAAGCGACCAGCUCCAAAUCUGGGUGCGAGAGUUCAACAAGGCCAACCCUAAUGGAACCCUACGUCUUAUUCAACAGAUUAAUGCUCCUCCUGGUGACCUUUGGCAGCUCCACCACGUGAGCCUGAAUGUCUCCAGUAAGUUUCGUGUGGUGUUUGAAGGAAUUAAAGGGUCUGGAAACAGAGGUGGGCUCUCACUGGAUGACAUUAACCUAUCAGAGACCACUUGCCCAGAACAUAUAUGGAGGAUCAAAGACUUUAAAAGUGUUCUGGAGAAUACACCAAUGGACACUGCCAUUCACAGCCCACGAUUUAAAUCUAAAGAUGGCUACACCUUCCAAAUGAGCCUGUAUCCCAGCGGUACCACUGGGAACCCACGUGAACUGGGAGCUUACGCUCACUUAACGUCAGGGGACGGCAUUGUCGAUGAAGGUCUGAUCUGGCCUGCUCGCUGGAAACAGAUAACCAUGACACUGCUGGACCAGAAUGCAGACAUCCGUAGACGCAUGUCCAACCAGAGAAGCAUAACUACAGACCCCACGAUGACUGUGGAAGGUUCUGAAAUGUUUUUCUGGGAUGAUCCACGUAAAGUUGGGCUAAAAGUUACGGAAGACAAUGGGACUGAGUUCUUCCGUGGCCCAGGCGCUGGAACACCUGUUUACCUGUCACAGGCUAGAGCCCUGAGCCGAGACUUCAUCAAGGGUGGAGAUGCCAUCUUUCUCCUCACGAUGGAGGAUAUCUCUCACCUGGUUGUUUCACAGCCUUUGCCUCCUACAACUAUGACUCCAUCCAACUCAACUUCCACAACAAACUCUACCAGCUCACCCGGUCAAACUACCCUAAACAAUGGCACCUCAUCCACUACAACUACUGCACCAACAUUUACCACAGUCCCUUAUGACCCGUGUGUGUUGGUGCAAUGUGAAAAUGAUGGUGUGUGUGUGCCAGAUGCAGGAGAUGCAGUGUGCUGGUGUGCAGUGGGAAAUGACUGGUGGUACUAUGGCGACAGAUGUCAGUUUAAGAGCUCAGUCAAAAACAACAUCAUCAUAACUGUACUGACGUCUGUUGCUGUGUUUGUUGUCAUGCUGAUCGUGAUUGUAGUGAUUGUGGUCUGUUUGAAGAGGAACCAGAGAAGGGUGAAGAUUACUGGAGAGGAAAUCACCAUGAAGAACAUGUACUCAUUCAAAGCAUGA